UUCCUUCUGACCAAGGAGGGGGCAGCCCAUCCCCUGCUGCGUCUGAGAUCAGAGCACAGAGCUCACCAGCACCAGGCUGAAUUCCCCAUGGGUCCUGUGACCUCAGCCCACGCGGGGACCUACAGGUGCUACGGCUCACUCAGCUCCAAACCCUACCUGCUGUCUGUCCCCAGUGACCCCCUGGAGCUCAUGGUCUCAGGUGUUUCUAAGAAGCCGUCACUGUCAGUGCAGCCGGGUCCUGUCGUGGCCCCUGGGGAUAAGCUGACCCUCCAGUGUGGCUCUGAUGCCGGCUAUGACAGAUUCGCUCUGUAUAAGGAGGGAGAACGUGACUUCCUCCAGCGCCCUGGCCGGCAGCCGCAAGCUGGGCUCUCCCAGGCCAACUUCACCCUGGGCCCUGUGAGGGGCUCCCACGGGGGCCAGUACAGAUGCUCUGGUGCACACAACCUCUCCUCCGAGUGGUCGGCCCCCAGUGACCCCCUGGACAUCCUGAUCGCAGGACAGAUCCGUGGCACACCCUUCCUGUCAGUGCAGCCAGGCCCCAAGGUGGUCUCAGGAGAGAACGUGACCCUGCUCUGUCAGUCCUCGUGGCAGUUCCACGCUUUCCUUCUCACCCAGGCGGGAGCAGCUGAUGCCCACCUCCAUCUAAGAUCAAUGUACAAAUAUCCCAAGUACCAGGCUGAAUUUCCCAUGAGUCCUGUGACCUCAGCCCACGCGGGGACCUACAGGUGCUACGGCUCACGCAGCUCCAACCCCUACCUGCUGUCUGUCCCCAGUAACCCCCUGGAGCUCGUGGUCUCAGGAGCAGCUGACACCCUCGGCCCGUCACAAAACAAUUCAGAUCCCAAGACUGCCUCACACUCCCAGGAUUACACACUGGAGAAUCUCAUCCGCAUGGGCAUGGCUGGCUUAAUCCUGGUGGUCCUUGGGAUUCUGCUAUUUGAGCCUCAGUACAGCCAGAGAAGCCUCCAAGAUGCAGCCGGGAGGUGAACAGGAGAGAGAAGAAUGCACCCUUCAGAGUGUUGGGGCCUUAGGAACAGAUCUGAUGAUCCCAGGAGGUUCCGGGACACAAUUUAGGGCCAAUGCUAUCUGGACUGUCUGCCGGUCAUUUCCAGAAGGAGGAAUUGGAUUGCAGAGACAUUUUCCGGGGUGAUCCAUGGAGGACCAUUAACAUGUGAUACCUUUCCUCCCUAUUAAUGUUGACUUCCCUUGGUUGGAUCCCCUUCUUUUCCCACCCCCAGACAUGAGGCUACAUCCCACACGGCAGCGUUGGGUCCACAGCUCUGCACACCUGUGUGCUCUGGUCCAUGGCACGUAACACAGUCUUCUUUAGUCCUCAUUGCCACACUCCCUGGUGUGCUUUACUGAGCCUCCAUCUCUUCAGUUCAGAGUUCCAAACACGCUUCAGUAACUAAAUCAAUGGGGAAAUAUCGGAUUUCCACCAGGAAAAGAUAAAUCCACCCUGAUGCCCUGACACCCUCUCUGAACCCUGUGAGUCCUUCCCUCCUUCUCAGAUGCUACCUGUUUAGCUUUGCCUCAGAUCAUUGUGUAACCAUCACUGCCAUCCUGUUCCACACAUUGUCAUCACCCUACACCCAGUCAGCAGCCACUCCCCAUUCCUUCCUCCCUCCAGCACCUGCUAACCACGAGUAUGCUUUCUGUCUCUAUGGCUUUGCCUAUUCUUGCUGAAAAUAUUUCAAUCUGCCUAUGAUCUGUGAGCUCCUCACUUCGAGAUUUCCUGCCUUUCCAGGCAGAACCAAAGUACCCCAUGUCAAAAGCAAUGUUAGGCGUUUGCAGGGCGUUGGUGAUCCACGAAAGGAAAAUCACAGAAGUGGGAUAGAAAUCCAGCUGCAGGCAAGACCUCAGGUCAAUGAAUCUUGUCAAGCAGUUGAAUUGUUUCUUUCUACUCACCUAGGACAGUCAGACAGAAGUAUGCAAAAUGACUGGGGCUGAUUCUUUUCUGAAUUGUCCCAAAACAGCAAGAGGACUUGCGUCCUAGCACUAAAGAGUUCAACAUGUCUAGGUCAAAGACCACUGUUGUGUUGGAAGGAUGUAAAACCCUGCUGCACAGGAUAGAAUGUUUGGAGGGAGGAUCCUGAGAAACAUGAGGGAUCAAAUAGUCCUGAACUUUCUAGGACAAAGGGAGCAGCCAUUUGCCAUCUACUGUCUCAAAUAAAGAAAUCUUAUCAUUCACCCUCUACUGUCUAGAAUAAAGAAAUCUUAUCAUUUGCCAACUA